UAAGAUCAUCGCUUAAUAAACGACCGUAACUUGGUUAACACCAACACGUGUCUGUGCUUGACUAGCAGUAGUUCGGCGUUGAACAAUAUGCAUGUAGCACACGGUCUAAGAAAUGAACGAGCAACCUGCUGUAACAGAUAUGCUAGUUGAACUAAUGGAGAACGACGAUGGAGAAAAAGACACUGAGUCUGAAGAGACCGAGCUGCGUCUAAAAGUGGAGUCGUUGAAGCAGGAUCUCCACGAUUGCAGAGCCGAGCUGAUCAAGUUGCAGAAGCUGCUGAACCAGUCGGAACGACUGCAGAGAAGCACGGAGAGCUACAACGAGGACCUGCGGAAACAGGUUGACCAGCUCAGCGCAGAGAUUCACCAGCGGAAGAAGAAAGAUAAACACAGAGUCGACAGUGAAACUCAGACGGAAGAAUAUGAAUGGACAGAAUCCGAUUAUUACAACUACUACUAUGGAGGCCACUCUCAGAACCCAGAGGCUUCAGACACUAAGGAUGGCCCGAACACCGUAGCAGCCGUGGAUACAGUGAAUGGCACUGAGGCCUCAACCCCGAUUGAAGCGGCACCUGUUGAUGCUAACCAUGAUGACAGUGUUGCAGUCACAACAGAGGAGGGUAAUGCAGGAUCCAUAGCUGAUAUGUUGAGGGCCACUGCCGAAGAGGCCAUGACACAAACUGGGUUUGUCUUUGAUGAGACAACCGGUCUGUACUAUGACCAUAGCACAGGCUUCUACUACGACUCGGCCAGUCAGUUGUACUAUGAUGCCAACACAGGCAUAUACUACUGCUUUGAUGCAGAGAGUGGUCGAUACCAAUUUCAUUCCAAGAUUGAGGUGCCGGCUGUACAAACUGCUGCAGAGCCUUGCCAUGACAAGAGCGCUGCUGAAAAGAAGAGCAAAAAGUUGAAGAAAGGGUCCAAGAAAAUACCACGCCAGAAUGAUAAGGAUCUCCUCAUUGAUGCGGUAAAGUUGGAAGAAGAGGAUAAAGAAACUGAAUGGGUUGAAAGGCAAACCACAAAAAGGACCCCCAAAUUGAAACGAAGGUCUCGCAGUCCAGAUGUGGCUCCACGUAAAAAGAAAUAUUCCAAACGCAGAGAGGAAAGUGAAAAAUCCUCAUCAAAGAGGAAGAAGCAGAAAACCGAUUCGCACAAAGAUGAUAAGGAUAGAUCGAGGAGGAAAAGGAGGAAAUCCAAGUCGAAAAAGCCGAAGAAGAAAAAGAGUCCAACGCGGAGCGAUGACUCUGAGGGGAACAGUGAACCAGAAGAGGGUGAGAUCACUGAGUCCGAGAAGGAGGAGUGGGAGUCCACCCCCUCGUCUUCUAGCUCCAGCUCCAAGGAAAGCCCAGAGUCAGAAAUGGAGACUCGGGGUCAUGAAGUCAAAGACAUUUGGCCGCCCUGCGUAAGAGUGACGGUGGUCCGAUCUCCAGUGCUGCAGGUGGGCACUCUGUUCAUCAUCACGGCCGACUCUCCAGCCACCAUGGGCAGAGAGAAGGAUAUGGACCACGCAAUCAGAAUUCCAGAGAUGGGAGUUAGCAAGCUCCAUGCAGAGGUGUACUUUGACCAGGAGCAGCAGGGCUACAUGCUGGUGGACCAGGGAAGCCAGAAUGGAACCGUCAUUAAUGGCAACAGGAUCUUGCAGCCCAAAACCAAAUGUGAGCCACACGCACUGAUGCACGGCGACGAGGUGAAGAUGGGAGACACUGUGCUGUCUUUCCACAUCCACUCGGGGACAGAUACCUGCGACGGCUGUGAGCCCGGUCAGGUGAUGGCUCACCUCAGCAAGCACAGGAGAGAGGAGACUACAGGCCCGGGUCUCACCAAAGAGGAUAAAGAAGCACUGAGGCAAAAAGAGCUGAAGCAGAUGAAGGCUAAAUAUGGCCUGCAGAGCAAUGAGUAUGAGGAGGCCAAAGCUCUUCGGAACCCCAGAUACCAGGAUCGAGCCGAGUCCCGGCGACAGACGGUCGGCAGCGAGGGCGUUUUCCAACGGGACGACGCACCCGCUUCUGUCCAUCAGGAGAUCAGCGAAGUCAACAAAGGACGGAAAAUGCUGGAAAAGAUGGGCUGGAAGAAAGGGGAGGGACUCGGUAAAGAGGGAACUGGGAUGAGAGACCCGAUUCAAUUGAAAAUCAGAAAGUCCCAGUCCGGUUUGGGGGCCGGCGCCACCAUGUCUUUAGACAGCGUCUCCGUGACCAAAUCAAAGUCCCAAAAGAACUGGGAGAAAGCGCGAGAGAGAUUUGCGGAUUCAUGCCAGCCGGACUUGCUGUCGCCCAACCAACAGAAGAACAAGUCGCCCAAAGCCUGGGUCAAAGGAGAAGAGGCAGAGACUCCAAACACGGAAGCAAGUGUUGAUCCAAACGACCAAAGCUAGGAAGGACAGAAUAAACCGACGUUUUUAUGUGUGUCUCUAUUUUCCUGGGAAAGCGUCGCUGAGGACCCUGGCAGCCAGAACGUGAAUUCUUUUUCCUCUCCUCACAACUAUCGCAAAGCCGGGACGUCAACGGGACUCUUCUGUCCAUUUGCAAAGCGCCGUCAACCACUUGUCCACCGCUGUGCAUUAACAUCAUUUGUAACUGUAACUAAGUGGCUGUGGAAUGCCUUUUCAUUCGUCUCCAUAAGUGAACUGUGUGACCUGUUUACAGUCUCAAAAAGAAAACCCGGCAGACCAGCGGUGCCGGUUUCACGGUCCAGUGUGUCUGAAGCCGUGCCUCACCAAUCACAGAGGACACGAAUUGCCUCCAGCAAAUAUUGACAUUGAGCUAUAUUUCUCAGGGUGAGAUCAUGCUAUGAUUAAACAACUGGAUCCGUGUGGACAGCACUGUAACCGAUCGUGUAAAACCACUCCCAACUGCUCGGUGUCAGUGUCUCCACUAAACAAAACCAGUGGUGCACAUAAAAGGUUUGAACAGCACCAACAAUUUUGCCUCUUAUUAUUGUUAUUGUCAUAAGAGUGUU